GGAGAAUUUACAUUUUUGUUGAAACCACCGGCCAAACAUGCACUGGGAGAAGCUUCCAAAAACUCUCGUGUUCAAUAACUAUUCAAACAUAAAAACACAUAUGAAAUUAUAGACGAAGACCAUUUCUAAAUUAUUUAUGAAUGGAUCCAUAAUUAUUAUUUACUAAUUAAUAAAUUAUAUUUGAAAAAAUGCAAUGCCUGUGAGAAGUUCAUGCAAUUAAAGAUGGCAUUGACAAAUGACAAACAAGAAACAAGGAGGAUCGUCCUUGAUGACAAACCACAUGAAGUUUCUACUUUCUAACCUCAUUUUAGCAUUUUAGGUAUAAAGAAAAAACUUGAAAGAAGGAGCUAUUUGUAAUUUUCUAUCGUAUAUCAAGUAUUAACACAUAAUAUUUUGGGCUAGAGUGUAGGAUUAAACUGUGGCCUAAACUGUUAUAUUGUAUCGGGCUGUCUCAUUUAUCGGAAUGAGUCUUCAGAAAGGAAAUACAAAUCGAACUCGUCCGCCAAAAUACCAAAAUAAAAGAGCAUUCAAAAACAACUUACACGAUACCAGUCAUAUCACAAAAUCGAUCAACAGUCUUCAAAUCACCAAUGUUUGCGAAAAAUGUAAAGGUGUCAUCGAGUGGAAAAUAAAGUACAAAAAGUAUAAGCCACUGAAGAAUCCAUCGGUGUGUUGCAAGUGUUUGGAGAAAUGUGUGAAGCACGCCUACCAUACAAUGUGCGACCCUUGCAGCAGCAAGUUGUCGGUCUGCCCCAAGUGUGCAACUCACAUGGAGAGAAGUAGUGGGGCAAGUGAUCUAGUCGAUAAAAUUGACUCAGUGAGCAAGGCGGAGCCCUCUCAUAUAUACCUAGAAAGUGCAAGUGAUGAUGACAGUGAUGACUGUUUUGAUGAUAGUGACUAACAAACAAUAUAAAUGUUUUUAUAUAUCAUUUUAACGGUAAUUAAGUGAAAAUGAAUAAAAUAUCAAUGCUGAUUAAAA